AAAUGCAAAACGUAAAUUCUGGUUGUCAAAAAUAUGCUUUGACGUGUCUCGUAGGGUUGAUUCAAUUUUUGUGAGUUUAUGUAUUUUCUGCGAUGAUUGCGUAUUAUUAAGUUUAAAUAGUGUGCUAAUUAUCAAUAAGGGUAUCGUUAAAAAUGGAUUUUCUAAAGAGCGGUCUGAAGACCGUGCUGGGGGCUCCGGAACCCGGCCACCAACCUUCGGGAGCUGAGAUCGUGGAGCGCCUAGUAGACCGGGUGAACAACUCGACGCUGCUAGAAGACCGACGCGAUGCAUGCCGCGCGCUCAAAGCCAUGUCGCGGACCUACCGCGUCGAGGUCGGCGCUCAGGGCAUGGACACACUUAAACAGGUUCUAGAACUAGACCGAGCUGACAACGAGACAAUAAACUAUGCCUUAGACACGCUGAACAACGUGAUGUCGCCCACACAGUUCGAGGAGGAGGAGAACAACCCUCGCGUGCCCAUGAACAUCGGCGAGCAAUUCACUGAAAUGUUCAUCAAAGACCAUCACAACAUACAACUGGUGCUCGACCUUCUAGAUGAGUACGACUUCAGGGUCCGACUGUCCGCCGUACAACUGCUUACGUCGCUACUCACGAACAGACCAAAAGACAUACAAGAGAUCAUCCUUGUUAAACCCAUGGGCGUCUCCAAAAUGAUGGACUUAUUAGGAGAUACACGAGAAGUGAUCAGAAACGAAACCUUACUACUUCUCAUAAAAUUAACCAAAGCUAACGCGAAUAUACAAAAGAUUGUGGCCUUUGAAAACGCGUUCGAUAGAUUAUUUGAAAUAGUUUCCACUGAAGGGUACUCUGAUGGUGGUAUUAUAGUAGAAGACUGUUUACUACUGAUGUUGAAUUUAUUGAAGAACAACAGCAGUAAUAUAAACUUCUUUAAAGAAGGCAGUUAUAUUCAGAAGAUGUUACCUAUGUUCAACACGCCUGACGAAGUUGAGGAGGCGGGCUGGUCACCACAGAAAGUGUCCAAUGUUCACUGCAUGCUUCUGAUAGUCCGAACUUUAGUGUCCCCUAGCAACUCAGCUCAGAUAAUCUCCAGUUGUCAGAAGAUUAUGAAGACUGUUGGGUUAUUAGAUGCAUUAUGUAAUAUUCUCAUGUCUAGUGGAGUCCCGGCGGAUAUUUUGACAGAGACGAUUAAUACUGUGGGUGAGACGGUACGCGGAGAGGUGACUAACCAGGAGUUCUUGGGCAACGUGAUGGCGCCGUCCAACCCGCCGCGUCCGGCUAUCGUGGUGCUACUUAUGUCUAUGGUUAAUGAGAAACAGCCGUUUUCGUUGCGAUGUGCCGUCCUAUACUGCUUCCAAUGCUACUUAUACCACAACGAGAUGAGUCAAGGAAACCUCGUGCAGACUCUCCUCCCGUCUUCCUCUGACAUGUCCAGCCUGACCUCCGGACAGUUGCUCUGCGGAGGCCUCUUCUCCUCAGAUGUACUGUCCAACUGGUUCUCUGCAGUGGCACUGAUGCAUGGCCUGAUAGAUAACCCCAUGCAGAAAGAGCAGUUGUUAAGGGUGUUGUUGGCAACGAAUAUUGGAAGUUCUCCGGUGUCGUUGCUGCAUCAGUGCACUUUGUUGUUGCAACAGACUACCAAGUUGAAGUCCAAGGUGGCCCUGCUAAUGCUGCUAUCAGUAUGGAUGAGCUACUGCGGCCCCGCGGUGGCCGCGUUCCUGCGCGCGUCGGGCGGCGUGGCGUGGCUGGUGGCGCAGACGUGUGCCACGGACCACGACGACAACGAGUCACUGCUGCAGGGACUCUCUGCGUUCUUGUUGGCCAUCUGUAUUCAUUUCAAUGAUGAUACCGUGGAGAAUUAUUCUAAGGAAUCCCUCCGCCAACUGCUGACAAAGCGCAUCGGCAUGGAGGUGUUCACGUCGAAGCUAUCGGAGGUGGCUCGCCACGAGCAGUACGCGCUGGCCGCCAAGCACCCGCAGCUCCGCGCCAAGGUGCCGCACGACGUGCUGCUGGACUACGAGUUCUGCAGACUCUUCAAGCUGGUGGAGAGUGUCCUAAUCCAGAGUCUAACAGAAGUGAAGCAGCAGAACGGCGGCGGGUCCGGUGCUGCCGGGCGCGGGUCCCCGGAGAGCGGGUCGCUGGAGCAGUACAAGUCGCUCAUCCGCCAGCAGGACGCGAGGUUACAGGAGCUCAUGGCGCAGCUCGAGGGGCUGCUGCAGCACAACCAGUCGCUGCAGAGCGCGCUCAACGACUCACUCUCAGCAAAUUCGCACUUAAAAGACGAGAACACACUUCUGAAGGCACAAGUAUCCGCUGCCAACUCCUUACCCAGCCAGGCACCCCCUCCCCCCACCUUCGACGAGUCCAGGGUCCAGGAUUACGAAGCCAGGAUCCAAGGGUUGGCAGCAGAGGUCACGAGGUUGACCACAGAAUUGAAGACUAGUCAGGACGGACAGAAGAAUCUGAGUGAAGAGUUGGAGAGGGUCAGAAAAGAUCAAGAUGAUUUGCUGGAGUUACUGGCUGAUCAGGACAUAAAACUAAGCGACUACAAAAUGCGUCUCCUCUCCCUGGGACACCCGGUGGAGGAGGACGUGGCGCCACCCGCGCAGCCCACGUGAUACCCCCGCGCCGCCCGGCGACGCCUGCACCACACACUACACGUUAACGUACACUAGUGUAAUGCUCAACUGAGCUGUUGCUGCGAGACUACUGCCAGUAGAUGUAAUAUAUUGUCAUUGUUCAAAUACCAUGAAAAGUGGUACAGACUUUUGAGUGGGUAGUUGUUUGAAUACUAAGGGUGCGUCUACACGGUGCAGACGGAGUCUGGAGCAAGUUAACAUGCGCAAGUGACAAGUGACAAGAGCACGCGGUGGGUAUUUUGCUUUGGUACAUGCGCGAGUCGCUGGACCCGCACGUUUUAAAAUGCAUGUAACUUGCGCAUGUCCCUUAAUAUGCGCAAGCUACUUGCACCGUGUAGAUGCACCCUUACUAAUUGUAAUAGCCUUGUAGCAUUUUGAGACCGUAAAAUGAGAUGUAAGCUAUUAUAAGUAUCACGUGAUUCACAUAUGAACAUUGACUUGCUAGACAAAGUAAAAAAUAUCUUACAGAAUUAGGUCAUUUGUCAAUAAUAUUCUAGAGAUAGAAUUUGUUUUGACGAGUGAAACAGGCAUGUAUAGGAUAAUGAGUGCUUAAUUUAUUUAUAAAAUUAUAUUUUGUUUGAAGGUGACAAUAUUGUUUUAGUUAUGUAACACAAGCUUUAUCUCGCACCAAGCUAGUUUAGAAACAGUCUCAGUUGAGCAAUACAAAAUAAAUAUUUAAUAUAUUACAGUAAUAUAUUGCGACAUUGUAAGAUUUUGUGAUUCGAAUGUAAAAAUGUAUGAAAUAUAAUGUUACAAGUA